UGUAAGAUUAUGAAACUUUGUAUAUAUUUUGAAGGAAAUGAAAACCAUUUUUCAAAUAGCUCGUGUAAGUGGGGCAGAUCGCUCACAAAAUAACAUUAACAUGCGAUAAUAGAAGUUUCAUAUUGUAUAAUUCAUUUCUAUUGUAACAGUGUGUAAUUAGUACAAAAAUGGAUAGUGUAAUAAAAAUUGAGAGGCCUCAUCCAAUAGAGAAAUCGAACAUAUUCUCUAAAAUAUUUUUUGGGUGGUUGGUAAAAUUGUGUAUUAAUGGUGCCAAAAGGUCACUAACGUUACGCGAUUUGUUUAAAUGUUUGCGAGAAGACGAAUCUGAAAGAUUGACAGAUAUGCUAGAAGAAAAGUGGAAAGAAGAGCUGUCCAAAAGUAAAGCUAAGAAUAAAAAACCAAGCCUUAUGCUAGUUAUCUGCAAAAUGUUUAUGUUAUCAUAUAUAUGGUAUGGAAUUUUGGCGUUUCUCAUAUCUGGAGUUGUUAGAUCUAUUCAGCCUGUACUUCUAUCUUUAUUUAUAAAACAAUUUUCGUCAUUUCAAGAAGCAACAUUAGAAGAUAAGUUGAUAUAUGGCAGUAUUUUGGUGUUUUCCACAUUAAUUUUGGCGAUAUUUCAGUACCAAUUCCAAUUCGGAUUUGCUUUAAUUGGAAUGCGAGUUAGGGUUAUUUGCUGUUCGUUAAUUUACAGAAAGUUACUUCGUUUAAGUAAAAGGUCUAUAAAAGAGACGGCUUCAGGUCAGGUUGUAAACCUCAUUUCUAACGACGUUAGUCGUUUCGAUCUCAUUAUGCAGUUUCUUCAUUAUUUGUGGAUGAUGCCCGUACAGGUUGCGUUACUUGUCUACCUCAUUUGGAGAGAAGUUGGUAUUUCAUCUGUGAUAGGAGUAUCAACAAUGUUGAUUGCCACUAUACCACUCCAAGGUGCUAUUGCAAGAUUUGCUUCAAAACUGCGCAUGAAGGUUGCCAAAAAAUCGGAUACAAGAAUAAAAUUGAUGGACCAACUCAUAGGAGGUAUCCAAGUGAUUAAAAUGUACGUUUGGGAAGAUGCGCUUGCAGAAAUCGUGAAAAAAGUUCGCGCCAGCGAGAUAUCCAGCCUAACGAAAUAUUCUUACAUAAGAGGCAUAUUGUCUAGCAUGUCGGUCUUCAUGGAACGUUUUGUAACAUACGUAACCAUUAUCAGUUUCACACUUUUGGGAAACAGUAUAACUGCCGAAGCAGUAUUCUCUAUUGCGUCAUUCUACAACACGAUGCAAAUAACGGUAGCCAUUGCUUAUCCCAUGGCGCUUCUGCUUUUGUCGGAAACUAAAGUUUCUAUGAAACGUAUUCAAGAUUUCUUGAUGCUCGAAGAAAAAGAAGAGGCCAAAAUCAUGAACAAAGGCAAUAAAGGAGUUUCGCUUGAGAAAGUGGAAGCAUUUUGGAUUCCUGACCAACCAGUUCUUUCCCGAAUAAAUAUCGCUAUACCUCCUGGUACGUUGUGCGCGGUUGUGGGUCAAGUAGGUGCGGGAAAAAGUUCGUUCCUUCAGCUUUUGCUUGGUGAAUUGACUUCGUUUACCGGAUCGAUUAACGUUGGCGGAAGUGUUUCUUAUGCAUCCCAAGAUUCCUGGAUAUUUUCAUCCACAGUGAGGAAAAACAUCCUUUUCGGACAACAGUACGAUAAAAUGAGAUAUGAUAAAGUUGUCGACGUGUGCGCCUUGCAAACUGACUUUAAACAAUUUCCUUAUCGUGACAAAACCGUUGUUGGUGACAAAGGAGUUUCAUUGAGCGGAGGUCAAAGGGCGAGAAUUAAUUUAGCGAGAUCCGUAUAUAGAAAGGCUGAUAUUUAUUUAUUGGACGAUCCACUUUCGGCGGUUGACACUUAUGUAGGAAAAUAUCUCUUCGAGAGAUGUAUAGUGGAUUAUUUGAGGAAUAAAACAAGAAUACUUGUAACUCAUCAGCUUCAGUAUCUGAAGAAAGCAGACUUGAUCAUUGUUUUAGAUAAUGGGCGUAUUGAAGCACAGGGGACGUUUGAAGAAUUGUCUAAACAAACUUUCAGUUUCACUAAACUUUUAGCUGCAGCUGAAGAAUCCAAUGAGGAACAACAUUUUCAACGUGAUCCUUCGAGAGCGUCAGUUUUGAGUGUGUUGAGCGAGAAUUGGGAAGAAGAACAACUCGAAAAGAAUCAAGAACAACUGGUGAAUUUGAAGAAAUCUCCUUAUCUACAAUAUGCUAAAUUUUCUUCCCACUUCUGUGGAAUAAUAUUUUUCGGCUUUGUAACAGUAAUUACACAGGUGGCCACAAGUGGAUGCGAUUAUUGGACAUCCUAUUGGGCACAACAAGAAGAGCAAAGGGUAUCAUUCAAUAUCACUGGUACCGAACAAACCGCACCGAAUUUGCUUUCAACCGAUAUGGCCAUGAUCAUUUAUUCAUGCCUUAUCGGCGGUAGUAUUAUUUUGGCAAGUUUUAGAGCUAUCUAUUUUUAUCGGUUGGCAAUGAACGCCUCGAGGAAACUGCAUGGUUCCAUGUUUGGCGCUCUUAUAAGGGCACCAAUGAGAUUUUUUGACUCCAAUCCGUUGGGAAGAAUUGUAAAUAGAUUUUCUAAAGACAUGGGUGUCAUUGAUGAGUUGUUACCAAAGAUGAUGUUGGAUGCAUUAACGAUUAUUAUGGUUAUGGCAGGUAUUUUAGUAAACGUAGUGAUUUCAAAUAUCUGGAUGAUUAUAGCAAGUGUGUGCUUGGGAAUCUUUUUUUACCUCGUUCUAAAAUGGUAUAUUGCAGUUGCAAGAGAUAUCAGACAACUGGAAGGCAUAACAAAGAGCCCCGUGUUUUCGCAUUUAAAUGCAACAUUCAACGGACUGACAACUAUACGGGCUUCUAAAUCUGAGUCAAUUCUUGCUAAAGAGUUUGAUUAUCACCAGGAUACCCAUACGUCAGCUUGGUAUAUCACUAUAGCUUGCUUUUCGGCAUAUGGAUUAUGGGUAGAUCUGUUGUCAGUUAUUUUCAUAACAUGCGUUACCUACAGUUUCAUUUUAAUCAGUCAAGGUGGAUAUAUAAGCAGUAGCGCCGUUGGUCUAGCAGUGCAGCAGUCCAUGAUAUUUGUAGGGAUGUUAUCGUAUGGAAUACGCCAGCUGGCUGAGAUGGUGAGCAACAUGACGGCAGUUGAAAGAGUGUUGGAAUACACCCAGUUGGAGAUGGAAGAUGUUUCGAAUAUAAGAAAGUCUUAUUUGAAUAUCAUGGAAUGGCCCAGUAGAGGAGCAGUAGUAUUCCGGAACUUAUUUUUGAGCUAUUCUAAGGAAGAUCCACCAGUUUUGAAAGACUUAAGUUUCACGGUUGAAGCAGGAGAAAAGGUGGGCAUAGUAGGACGCACGGGCGCUGGAAAAAGUUCCUUGAUCGGAGCUCUAUUUCGUCUGGCCGAUAUAGAGGGUAGCAUAUUUAUUGACGGUGUUGACACUAAAUCAAUUCCACUAAGCGAUUUGCGAAAAAAGAUUUCGAUUAUUCCUCAAGAACCCGUCCUAUUUUCUGCAACGAUAAGGUACAAUUUAGAUCCAUUCAACGAGUUUGAUGACAAAAUCGUGUGGUCUGUACUUGAAGAGGUUGAACUUAAACCCAAUAUAACAUCUUUAGAAAUGGAAGUUGAUGAAGGUGGCAACAAUUUUAGCGUCGGUCAGAGACAACUCAUCUGUUUGGCCAGAGCCAUUUUAAGGAACAACAAAAUUUUGGUUCUCGAUGAAGCUACCGCUAAUGUAGAUCCCAAGUAAACAAUAUUUCUUUGUUAAAUUGUGACUUACAUCCUGAAGGAUUAUUAGCUAACACUUAUAAGAAUUCCUGUGAUGAAAACUGAUUGUUAUCACAAGAACUCGAUAAUCCAACCUAACUUAACCUAUCCUAUGCUAUCCUAACCUAUCCCGUCCCGUCCCGUCC